GAGCAUCCAGUAUUAGGGGAAAUUGGGCUCGGCCUACCAGAAUGCGCAGACAUUUUGGAAUUUGUCGAAGAUAUCGACGCGACAGGGGCUUCAGUUGAGGAGACUCAACAAAGGACCGAUGGAGAACAACAAUUCUUGAAGCUUAGGCUUCGCUUGAAAAAGCGCUUCCCGCAUUAUUGGGAGAAGGGAAUUUUCGAAGGUGUAUCAAGCGUCAGGGAGCAUAGCACGGAAGACGAA